ACAGACAUAGGAAAGAAAUAUCCACAGCUUCUGCUUCAAACCAAACCCCAUUACCAAAAGGCGCGCCCAUUCCUUCCCUCCUCUCCCUCUCUCCCUCUCUCCCUCGUGCUUCCCAAUAAAGACACACCCACUUUUACCAUUUUGCCCUUUCCCCCUCUUCUCUAACAUUCUCUUCUUCUUCCUCUUUGUGAGUCUUAUGAUUAUGAAUCAUAAAAUAAAAUAUUAAUUAAAAGAAAAUCUCAACCCCACACCAUUUGUCGCUCUCUUCUUCUUCAUCUUCUUUCUUUCUUCCUUUCUUCUUCAUUGUUACCAUUUCCACCUCUAUAAUGGCGAAGUCGUCGACCCCUACGACGACCUCGCUUUCCACCAUUAAACCUAAGGAUUAUGCUCACAGUCCUGUCCAUUACGCCGUUGCUCUUGCCGAUCAUUCUGCUCUUUCUCGUAUUGUUUCAACUUUACCUCGUCUUGCUGAUCCUGCUCUUAUUCAUACUGAGGCUGAUUCUCUCGCUCAAGAGCGGAUCGCUGACAAGAUCUCCGCUGUUCUUGACCGUCGUGAUGUGCCUUACCGGGAAACUCCUCUUCAUCUUGCUGUUAGGCUUAAAGAUGCUUUUGCUGCCAAAACUCUUUCUUCUGCUGGGGCUGAUAUUUCUCUCCAGAAUUCUGCUGGUUGGAACCCUCUUCAGGAGGCUAUGUGUCGCCGGAGUUCUGACAUUGCGCUUAUUCUACUUCAGGUUCACCAUCGCGCUGCUUGGUCUAAGUGGCGCCGACGAUUGCCGCGGGUAAUUGCUGUUCUUCGUCGAAUGCGAGAUUUCUAUAUGGAAAUUUCGUUUCACUUUGAGAGCUCUGUAAUUCCGUUUGUUGGGAAAAUUGCUCCCUCGGAUACGUAUAGAAUUUGGAAGCGUGAUGGCAAUCUCCGAGCCGAUACGUCUUUGGCUGGAUUUGAUGGCUUGAAGAUCCAGCGCGCGGAUCAGAGUUUUCUCUUUCUCGGAGAUGGCGAUCAGACCCAUGACAUUCCCUCUGGUUCUCUGCUUGUGAUCAAUCGUGACGACCGCAAAAUCUUCGACGCGUUCGAAAACGCUGGGGCUCCGAUGAGUGAAACUGACAUUGCCGGAUUCUGCUCUCAGACAUGCGUUUACCGCCCGGGAAUGGACGUCACGAAAGCAGAACUCGUCGGAAGAACCAACUGGAGAAGACAAGAGAAAACCGAAAGCGUUGGAGAAUGGAAAGCCAAAGUUUACGAAGUACAUAACGUAGUGUUCAGCUUCCGAUCUCGAAAAGUAGCCGGCAGCGAAGGUGACGUGGCAGGUAGCGAGCAGGUCCUUCCGCUGGAACUCGACGAAGACGACGACGGAUUCUUAGUAGCCGAAAACCCUAGUUUCGGGCUGGCUGACAGGAAUAGCACUGACCGGCGAAGACACAGUAGUUUUGUUCCUGAAGAGAGGGAAUGGGUAAUGAUGCCUAGGAAAAGCGUGGACAUACCGUCCGCGACAGCACCACCACCAAGGAAGGUCGGUAGGCCGACUUUCACGGCGGCUCCAGUUGAGCCGCCGCAGACGAAGGAAAAGGAGUACGUGAGAAGCUUACGUCCAUCGGUGUGGUUAACGGAGCAAUUUCCAUUGAAGACGGAGGAGCUUCUUCCUUUACUCGACAUUUUGGCGAACAAAGUGAAGGCGGUGAGAAGGAUGAGGGAGCUGCUCACCACCAAGUUCCCGCCGGGCACUUUUCCGGUCAAGGUGGCUAUUCCAGUGGUUCCAACUGUGAGAGUGGUGAUAACUUUCACCAAAUUUGUAGAUCUUCCACCAGUGGAACAAUUCUACACGCCGUUUUCUAGCCCAAGGCAACUAGCCAACAGCGGAGGAGAUGAUCCAUCUGAAUCACACUGUUCAUCAUUGCCGUCAUCCUCUUCUUCUUCUUCAUCUUCUUCUUCGUCUUCUUCAUCAUCAUCGACGUGGCUGAGGCGAAGCAGCAGCCACUCAGCUGCUGGAUCAACGGCUAAGCAGAACCAUCGAUGUUCGUGGUCGGCGGUUCAAGAUGAAUCAGACCCAUUUGCUAUUCCGAGUGGUUAUACAUGGGCAAGGUCAGAUGACAAAUCAAGCAAAUUGAAGAAGUCAAAAUCCACAAGAAAAUCUAAAUGAUUGUACUGCUGGGGGAGAUGAGAUGAUGACCAAUGAUGAGAAACGAAAUGGAAUUAAAUUAAUUAGUUUUAUGGAUUUGCUUGUGCUUUAAAUUUACAGAUACGAUGUAGAUAACCCGUCUAAUUAUAUAACUCACUUGUCCUUUCCAGAAUAUUGGUAGUCUAUAAUUUUGAUUUGGGUCAACAAUUUUGGUCAACUUGAAAAAGAAAUAGUUGCUGAUAGUUCUGUUCUCUUUGUCGGAAUUCUGAUCUUUGUCCACCUAGUUCAAUAUUCUUCCCCAUGAUUCCUAUAAUUUGAAUCUUUUUUUCUUUCUUUUUGGACCAUCUCUUAUUCCGAUGCCCCACGGCCGGCCCCCUCUAAUUUUGAUCAUCUUGUGAAUGAACAGUAAAAAAGGUCUAAUCAUCCACUUUAAUGGGGGGAACAUCCAUGUGAUUAUUGAAUAAUUGGAUACUUAGCUAGGAACUUCAAUUAGAAGUUUGAAUUUGAACCAAGAUUAUAUCAGAAGACGUUUGGUCCAAGUUUACGGUCCUUGUGAAAAUGAGAUGCCUUGUGAUUACGAGGAGGAUUAAACUAAAGGUGUUUCUUUAAACAAUAAAGAAAAAGAUGCCCAAAAGACAUAGUUUGCUUCGUUAGAUGGAAACCCGAUGGAGUUGGCAAGUCCUUUAAAAAAGUAUUAUUGCAGUGGGGAGUAAAAGACAGCCCAUCCACCUAUGGCCCUGUGUGCUGCUGCUGCUGCUGCUUUCUAAAGGUGUUUCUAGCAAUUAUUAUCUAAUCUUCCUCGAAUUCCUUCACUAAGUUUCUGUUGUUCUUCAUCCUUCUCGAUCCCCAGAAACCAUGGCUGCAGAAGCGCCAAGCUGGGCUGACCAAUGGGGUGCAGGAGGUAUCGGUGCCAUGGAAGAAGACGACAGUAAAGCCAAAGGGGGGCGGAGCACAGACAAGAAGAGUGGUUCUAAGCCUGGAUUUGCAAAAGCCAAGGCGGCGACCCUGGCUGGUGCCAAAAAGAUAGGAAGUGGAAUAUCUAAUGGCAUCAAGUGGAUCAUGAACCCACGCAAGAAAAGCUCCAAGUAAAUUAGGCAGAUUUUCGCAAUAUCCUUGACACCAGAAUAACGAAGAGAAAUACACUCUUGUUAGUAAAAGAUUAGAACUUUUUCAUCAUUCUGGUAUUUGUUUUUGACUUGAUUCGGCUGAGAUAUUCAGUAGUCUACGGUGUUUUGAAUCAAGUAGUAGUUUCAGGCUUGUGCCUCAAGUGAUUUAUGUAUCAUAAUGUCAUAUUAGACUGACUAAACUGAUCAGAAAUUUUAAUCAUUUCACUGCUUGAUAUAAACAACUAAAAA